GUGGGUUGGAUGGUUCGGUACUGGUUCUGGUGUCUAUGAUGGCCAACUGGACAUCCGCUUCCAUGCUAACAUGCUAAUGCCACUGUCUAAUGGCUGGACAUGGACAUUUAGCAAGGCCAUUGGAAUCAAUCUGGGAUUAGAGGAGUCCCGACCAGGGAGUCAAUAGCCCCACAGUGGUUGGCCUGGCGCGCGUCGCCUGUAAUGCUCGUAAUAAAGUGUGUUUUAUUAUAACCCACGGACUAACCAUAUAAUGGUACCAUAAUGGGCCGGCCAUUAAAACAAAUUGAUAUCAAUUUUGCAACAAUAUGUGCACAAGUUGCGUCGAUGACUCCGCGCCUCGCCAAUGAACUCCCAUGCUAUGCCGUACAAUACCAUCCUAUCCCAAUCAAUCCCAUCCCGUACUAUCCCAUCCCAUGCCAUCCAAUUCCCGCCAGAAGCGUUUGCAGCCACAUGCACCACCUCAUCCACAGUUGAAUAGUUGAAUUGUGGAUGGGGUUAGUCGAUAGUGGAUUGUGGAUAGUGGUGCUGCAGCAGUAACAGUAUAGACCAGUUCCGAGUUGGCAAAGCGCCGUUUGAUGCUCUAAUUUAUACAGCAUACUGAUGAGUUGACCGCUGUUCUGGAAUUGUUCUCCUACGGGUUUGGGUUCGGUUCGGUUUCGGAUUGCUUUGCUUUGGUCACGAAAAGCUGCAGAUCAGACAGAGCACACCUGACCAGACACACAAACACACACGAUAUCAGUAACUCACCCAGAAAUGGAAAUAUUCGUAGCGGUUAGCGUUUAAUUGAAAUGCAUUUGGCUUGUUGCCUGUCAAUCAGCCGUUGCGAUAGAUGGAUAGGCCCCGGAACUCAUCUUUCUCCUCCCCCUCCCAGAGCCGAAGGGUAAUGGAGCUAUUGGAUCUUGGCCAGGAUGCACACGCAACCCCAUGGCGCUGUCAUACGCCACUUUGCCAGGCCAUCAAAACCACAUCCGAACCAUAUCUAAGCACACGCAAUGGGGAUUCUUGACAUGAACUGGUUUCCCAGUUUUCCAGCAUCAGCAGAUCAGACGACUCACCGCUGCCGCCGGGCAUCCAGCGACGUGUGCCCAAAGUUUGCAUAAGUUGGACAUGGACAUGGACGAGGACUUGGAUGUGGCUGUGGAUCUGGAAUUGAACCGGGACCUGGACCUGGACCUGGACCUGGUACUGAAGCUGGCUUCUUUUACAGUUAAAGAUUUAUAGAUCAUGCAUGGGUAAAUGGCGAACAGAUACGCGGGCAAUUGUGUGUAGGUAACGCAAUCCUGAAUCGACCACAAAUUUAUUCCAGUCCGGUAGAUGAUAAGAGCCCAAAGGAGCAGCAGCCCCAGUGACCAAGAGAUCCAAAUCUACGGCUGACACAGAAAUACAAAUUCGAGCAUUGAGCAUCAUAAAAUGCAGAUAGACGUAGUCAUAAAUGUAUAUAUAUGUAUAAACCGAUCGAAGUUCCAUUUUCGAGAACUGUAUGUGGCCGAUAAUGUGGAGUAGUAGCUGCAAGAAGGCGGGACGCUGGAUAUCAUUAGAUGGAGAUCUAUGAAACUUAAAACUUUCUAAAUGACGGGCGGCAACUUUAGCGGCAAAAAACCAAAACUGUAAAUGCAGCCAAAGCAAAUAGUUGCAGCCGCGUCGCCAACUAAAGUAUAAUUAUUGGCCAGACGAGAUGGGAAUAAAGACGAAGACCGUAGACUGUAGACUGCAGAGUGAAGACUGCAUACUGCAUAGUGCAUACUGAAGACUGCAGCUUUGCAGUCUCCAACUGGGAAACUGCACGUACGCAGCGCCGGCAAAAGGAGAUGCCAAUAUUUCUAUAUAUAUUUCUAUAUGUUUUUUGUCUUUUUGUGUGCCACUGCUUAACUGUUUUUAAUUGAAACCAGUUUGUGGUAAUUGUCUUUUUGGCUUGUUGGCCCGACCGCCUUACUAUAUAUGUUAUAACUCGCUUAUGUCAAACAGAUUGGCUGUGUAAUUCGAGGCAGCCCCAUAACUCCACUUGCGGUGGAACUUUUCGAAAGUUUUCACUUGUUCUCCAGCACGGAUCUACGGAUCUUAGGAUCGUGAAUCUUUAGAUCCGCAGAUACCCAAGCAGCUGCACUCGAGCGCAACUAAAGCGAGUAAAUUGUCAUAAAUUGAGUUGAACCAAUGACAAAUGACGCCUUUUUUCUUGGUCCAAAGCUUUUAUCAAACUGGAGCGUGAAUCUUCGAACGGUACUGGGGAUUCCUGUCAUUUCUACCGCCGACCACACGGCGUAUGUGCGACGCAGAACCUGUCCCAGUCUUUGUUAAUUAGUCUGCAGUUAGAGAUCUUCGCCUUCACACAUCACAACACACUGUUAUAGCCAGCAGUUGGUCGUACGGUUGUACAAUUUGUCAAAACACACACGGCCCGAACUUAUACUUUCGAGAUAUAAGAGCGUGGAGUAGAAAAAGAAAACUCGUUUAAGAGCGUACCGCCUCUCUCCAGAUCUUUUCCUCAGGCUUCAGCUUUAACUUUGGCUUUGGUUUCUUUGAGCUGCGAUUGCUUUGGCAGUCGCUCCACCGACGGCGACCUUGAUAGACGUCUUAGCGGUUCGAAAACUAAAAGGAAAAUCCCCCCAAAGCCCCAAACCCCAAAAUACAGAUAACCCAGUCGCGAAGAAAAGCCGCCGCAGUCUUCGCUUUCUUUGCGGCCAAAACAACAGAGGCAAACAAAAGAAACCGAAACAAAGUGAAUUUUCUAAAAACAGUAACAGUUAACGCGACUCUGGUUGUUUUUGUGUAGUUUUGUGUGUGGCACGAGAUGAAGAUGUUUCAAAAAUGCUGAAAAACGUGCAAGAAAUGCUGCCGUAGAAAUGUGUGAAAAUGCCAGCAGAUGCAAAGUGAAGUUAACCAAGUUAAAGUCAAAAAAGAAACCGCUUAAGUUUAUGUGCGAAAAGCGAUCCUGUGUGUAUCUUGUCAGGAAAAUUAACGGCCAAAGGUGUUAAUUUAUUCACCAACUGAAAUCGGGCUCUGCUUUGCAGCUGCACCGUAGAAUCCCCCAGAGUGCGUUCCAUCCAGCUAUGUUGCUGUUAAGAUGCGGCUCCAAUCCUUACCGCUGCUCCUUCUGCUCACUUUCGUCACCCUCCCGCCUGCCACGCCCACCUCGGCACCCCGACCGCCCCCACAUCCGAGGGUGAGGAACCACUAUGCCAACGAAGAUCUCGGCGAGGGUCCACCGAUGCCGGCCAGCCUGCUGCUGGAGGAACUGCAGCAGACCAACGGGCAGCUCAUCAAUCUGACACGACAGCACGACGGCGAUACCUUCCACACGAGCGGUCUAAGCAGUGCCUGCAAUGCGGACACCUGCAUCGGACUCUCGAGCGGCACAGCAUCGCUGGUGCGUCUGACCGGCGAUGGAAGCGGUCAAGGCAACGACGGACUCAAUCCGGCGACCUCGUCUCUGGCUGGCGGUCAAAUGGAGCUACUGACCCGCCGCCUCAAGAUGCAAAGGGGUCGUGGCCAAAUGGAGAACCUAGAUGGGAGUGGUGAAGCCGGAUGCACCUGUCGAUGUCUUCCCUAUCAAAGGGCCUAUCGCGAGGAUCUGGGCAUCUGCGUGGACGACAUUCAUGAGUGCUCCCUGUCGCCCUUCGUGAGUGGUUCCUCCUCGGAAAAGAUCCCCUUUGUCUUCCUGCCGCUCAAGGGUCAGAUCAUCUAUCCCAGCAGGGAGAUCAGCUUUGCCAGCAUUCACACACCCGUUUGCGCUGUAACCGGCGCCCAGUAUCUGGGUUCCAAUGGCUGGUCGGAUCUGCGGAAUCCCACAGACACCGACUACCCAUUUCGAAUGUUCCGGGAUGAGGGACGCAGCUUUCUCUUGUGGUUGGGAGAAGCUGAUCUUCGCCAGAAAAUGCAGGGUCGCCUGAUUGUGGUGCAUCUGGUGUGUCGCGAUAUGACGGUGGCAAUGAACGCUAGUAGUCACGUGAAGGGCGAACCACUCAUGCCUCCCAGAAAUGUUCAUUCGCCCUGUGUUGCCUUCCGGGUGAAUGGCAGUCCCGUAAAAUAUGCCCACAACGUUCCCGAGGUUUUCUUUCAACCAGCCAACUCCACAACUUUGGCCUCCACUUCGGAUGGAAUGACCAUGAGAGAAUAUGUCGUUAUUGGGAUCUGCAGUCUGCUCUUGGGCCUCAUCUAUGUGGCCUCAGUGUUUCUAUAUCUUUACAUGAAAAAGCGAAAGCGACACAAUUCGCGGCAUUCUCUAGAUAACCUGACGAAUGAUAUAAACUAUCCCAAAAACGAUCAAGUAACCUAUGGAGCCCCCUUUAGCCGGGUCGGUAGUAUAUACUCAUCCAAUAGCUUGGGUAUGGGUAAUGGGAAUGAGUCCAAUACUCGCACCAGUAUCGGCAGUCUCAAGGAGGAUAUGGGUAUUGUGAAAAAUAAUCCCUUGCUGCAACAUUUUCCUCAGCUGAGCGAAAGGGAGCACAAUUCCGGUUUUGCCAGCGAUAUUUCCAACUCGAACUCUGAGUGCGAAAUGGAGGAAAAAAUCAAGACAUCUGUGCUGGUGCAUCCACAGCUUAGUAAAUCACCAAAACCAGCGGGUGGUGCAGAUAAUGCGGCAAUGGAUGUGGAUGACUUCCUGCAGGAUAACGAGUGCCUGCCCGCUGAAAAUGUCGCCGUAAUUGAUGAACUCAUGACCGAGGAAAAGCUGGAGAAUCUGCGUGCCAUGGUCAGCGGAAAUGUGCGCAAGAAGCUCUACUUCAAUCCGGCUUAUUUUGAACCUCAUUUACUGGCGGAACCGCCUCAAGCUGCCAUCGAGUUUCUGCAGAAGAUUCGCGAGGUAAUCGCCAUUGCCAAGUACAAGAUGGCCUCGAAGCGAUAUCAACCCUCUCUGAACAUAAUUCCCGAGGAGCUGCACCCGGAUUCCAGUUCCAGUUCACCCACCAUGUUCAACAUUCCGUUGCAGCAAAGUUUGGCGACCAAGGGUAUGGGCGACAAGCGGAACAGCAUUGAGCAAUGGCUGCAAAGUGUACCCAAUUCCGAUGCGACACCAACUCAAAAGACCCUCGACAGACCUGCUCCACCGACGACUGCAAAGAAGGCAUCCGGAUCGCCCAAUAAGGGCUCCCUGAGAAAGGAGAUAACUGCACCCAAGGAGAAACCACCGCCGCCUCCUCUGCAGAAAUCUAAAACAGAAGAAGGUCAUGGGAAGUCCAACUCGCCAGGACCGCCACCUGGUAUGCAGUCCAGUCGUAGCCCCGGUAAAAGCAGUCCGGAACAGUCACCUACCCAACCGAAGACAUCCGCGGGCGGCUCUUACGAGGGCUUCUCCGCCUUCUCCGUGGCUGCCAAUGUCUAUGGAUUUGCAGAGACUGGUGGGGAAAUCUACAACAAUCCCAAGUUCAUGCUGGCCGACUCACCAGCGGGCUCCUUACGCAGUGCCUCCAGUCGCUCCAAGUCGCUGAGGAAGCGCAGCGAGGUUCUGGAACAGUUCGCCGCCGCUAACUCGACGCCCACCUCGCUCACCUCCUUCGACCGGCAGCACUACAAUAUGUUGAGGAACAUGAAGCCGGCUGAGGUCAUAUAUGAUUCCCUGAAACGGGAGUAUACAGCGCAUAUCCCAACGCCCGAUUAUGAUAGCACUAUUGAGAAAAGGAUCAAGGACAUUUAUAGCAGCACACAGAGCAGCAUUCCAUCGGUGCCCACUCCGGAUUAUAGCUCCCUGAGCCGUAAGUCCCUCAAGCAGUUCCAACCAGAUUCACCGAUUUACAGGAGAAAGUCACCACAAUAUCUGAUUGUGGACUACGAGACGGAUAGCCUGGAACGUCUUGAGCCCAAUAAGCGCAAGAGCUCUCACUCCUCCAGUUCACCAUCCUCCGAUGUGAGUUCCCAGCUGAGUCCCAGUUUGAGCACAGCUCUGCCACUCGAGGAGGAGAUGGAGAUCAGUCACACUGUAUACGAUCGCCUGGACGGAUUUCGUAAGGAGGGCGAGAUGAAGAAGCGUCUGGCUGCGAAGCACCAGCAUCCACAUCCUGGGCAACAGCAACAGAGGCAAAAGGAGGCGGCGGCUCGCAUCAAGUACGACACUCCCUUUCGGGGCAGCAUGACCAUCGAGGUGGAGCACGAACCCCCCUCCGAUCUGGAGCGCACCGAUAGCGAUCAAUUCGAGCCGGACACCUUGGAUCGCAAGCCCAAGAAGCAGAGUUUUUGCGACAUUUCCGCCUGGGAUGGCCACAAGCCAAUGGACUCGGAUUUCAGCCAGAUCAACUCCUUGCCCGACUUGAGUCGCCAGUUGAGUCCUGCUCCCAGUCAGGCCAUCAAGCCGAGGACUGCUUCCUUCAUCCUGCGAUCCAGUAACUCAUUUCGCAACUUGAGGGAGAUCUACGAGUCACCGCUGAUUGUCCAGGAGAAUAUCAAGUGCGAGAAGAAGGUGCCACAGACGCCGGAAGAAGAGGGUAGGAUUCUAACCCUGGAGGCGAAGCACUCUCGUCGCCAGCGCCUCAUGGAGACCUCACCCACCCACUCGGUGGUGGAUGUGACAAAGGUGAACAAGACCACCAUCACGAUUUCAUCACCCAAGCCGUCGGAUAUGCCUCCUCCUCCUGCCCGACCCAAGGCCAAUCAGCAUUACUGCCCACCACUGGUGCAUGGUAAGCGACCACUGCCACCACCGCCUCCAAACUCAUCGGAGCAUUCGGGAGCCCAAGAGGAGGAUGCCUACAGCCUGCACAGUGAAAUCACAGAGGUCACUGGGAUCUCGGAAUUCGAGAACUCUUGCAACAACACCAUGUCCAGUGCUAUAUCGGCGACCACUGAGGAGAGAACCCAUACAAAAGGUUCCAAGACUGCCAAAGUCAGUGGUAAUUCACCGGAAGAGGACUACGAGGGGAUGUACAAUAAGAAGAUUAACAGCCUGCGCAACGACUACAGUCUGACCAAGUAUCUCAAUCGGCGCAAGAGUCAGCGGGAGGAGGCCUCGAAAGGUGGUCCAGAAUCACCCAAGGACGUGACCACCGAGCCGGAGUUCAGCAGCAGCAAUAAGAACCUCAAGGAGGUGGUGGAUCUCGCCCAGUUCGAUGCCUUGUCCAUAAGCUCCCGUUCCAAUCGGAGCAGUGGUCAUCUUUCCGAGCGCACCAAGGAGAUGUAUCGAAAUGCAGGAGUUCCGGUGGGCAUUGCCUAUCCCCAGCGGGCGGCCAGUAGUUCCGGAAGUGCUACUUCCGGUGGAAACGUACAAACCGUCUACCGCUGUGAGAUCGAACAGGCCCAGAUCACGGCUGGAAUGCAGAUUGCCAUCGGACUGAAGGACCGUGCCAAGAAGGCCAAGGAUCUGAAGAAUGCGUGGCGAAAGUUUGUGACCAUGGCGGCCAACAAGUUCAGUCCCAGCCAGAGUCCAGCGCCAACGUAUGGCAGCAAAAAUGCCGCCGGUUUCCUGGAGGACGACGGUAUCGCCUCCAUCAUCGAGGAUGCUGCUCAGUCGGCUGGAAUGGGACAACCCGGAAGCCAGACGUAUUACGAACAGCGUUUUGGGCAACUGGACAGCGGCUACAUGAGCACCGAUUCCACGGAGCUGUACAAGCGGAAUGUCUACGAUCGGUAUAACUUUAAGAUGAUGUCCGGUCGGGGACAGAUCAUACGGGUGGAUACCAUCGAGGACAACGAGGAGGAGAGCGGUCCCAAUGACAAUCGUUUCGAGGACCUCGAACACAUGGUCUCCCCGGGUCACAGUCGUCGAUCGCCUGAGAACAUGGCAGUGGUUCCAGGCGAUCUCAGCGAUGCGGAUUCCGAUAGGACUCUCACUCGUUCCCACUCCCAAACAAAUUCCCAGGAGCGAAAUGUGCGGGGUAGCACCACCACGAUGUCGUCCUAUUCCUCGGAUGAAAAUGGACGCGGACACAGCACCUGCUGUGGAUCCUCGGAAACGGACGAGGAGACCAACGCGGAGGACAUGUGGGAGUCCGGGGCGGAGAGCAUAGAAACGCACUCCGUGCUCUACAAGAUGAUAAGGAAGAGUUAGAAUAAGUAUCGCCUAAUGGAAAACUAGUUUUUAGGGAUGUGCAAUAUCGAAAGCAGACGAAAGACUUACAUUCUAAGACUAAGUAACGCAAUAUAGCAACAAUCAGUGCAAUAACUCGGAGAUUCUUGCCAAACCACAAGGUGCAAUUUUGAUAGAUCUAAGCUAGCUAGUAAAUAUUAUUAUGUAGAAGGAGGUAAACCCUUGGAAACUGCAUCCAAUACGCAAAGUGCAGGUACCAACAGAAUAUCGGAAUAGAAACAAACCCAAGCCCUAAGAAGUCUAAGUGCAAUCAAUCAUCAUAUUAUAUCGUGUAGUAUCGUAACGGAUGCGUAUUGUGAUAAACGUAAGCAGUCUUGGGCCGGAAAUGUGCAAUCUUAGUGUUAGUCCCAGUGUAAAUGUAUUAAAAUUAAGUUAUCGCAAUAAAACUUCGACUUA